AUGGUCAUCUCACGGUCCCCAGCUGCCUCCCCGGCCGUCUCAGGCCGUCUGAGUCUUGGAGGCCAGACACUUCUCCUCCAGGAACACAUCAAAGUGCUGGGAGUAACAGUGGACUGUGGCCUGCGCUUUGACCGCCAUGUUGCUGCUGCUGCCCACCAGGCCUCCCUGCAGGUCUCUGCACUUCGUCGGAUGGCGGAAAACCUCGACUCCCGGGGCAUCCUUACACUGUACAAGGCUCAGAUACGGCCUUGUAUGGAGUACAGUGCCUUGUCCUGGAUGUCGAGUGCUCCCACCAACUUGCAGAGACUGGAUGCUGUGCAACGGCGUGCCCUGCAGUUGGUGGGGAUGGACGGACAGCAGCAGCAGCAGGAGCAGACCGGAGUCACGUCGCUGGAGCAUCGGCGGGACAUGUCGGCGCUGGUGGUCCAGCACACAAGGCCUGGGUUCUGGAUGUCCCUUAUCUUAGCUCGCUAA